GAUUCUAUUGGUUUUCUCGCGUGGUAUCUAACAGAAAAUGAAAAAAGUUUACCAUUUGGUACAAUGCCUAGUUGGGCAUUAGAACACAGUUACGGAAUGUGCUUAGCUUUCCAAAUUAUAGUUUACUUUUUUCUAGGGAUAGAUGAUGUUAUGCUGGUUGCCAUGAAAUGGUGCGUCUUGUUGCACUUACGAAUACAUUUUAAGUACUUGAACAUUACUAUCAAAGAAGCCACAACAAUUCAAAAAGAGGAAGUUUUUGAUGUCAAUGAAUCAGAGUUGUAUUCCAGUAACACUGCAGCACGGUUUCCUUUAGACGAGUACGUUAGAGGUGUUAUAUCGAGAUACAAUCGCCUAACUUUAAUUGCUAAUGAAGCGGAUAGAGCAUUUAAUAAGGGCGCUCUAAGUCAUUUUAUUAAUAUAUCGAUUUUAGUUUGCUUUAUUCUGUUCCGUAUGUCAAAUAUACCUAUAUUCACCAUGGAGUUUUUGAAACUAUUUUGGUAUCUACUCACAAUGUUAUCAAUAAUAUUCCUAGAUAGCUACUUGUGCAGUCUGGUUGUUGAAGAAAGUGAAGCGCUGGUGUAUUCUUGCUACGAAACUGAUUUUGUUGAUAGAGAUCGAAAAUUUCAAAAAGCUUUGGUAUUACUGAUGACUAGAGCACAAAAACCUGUAAUUUUUACAAUUGGAAAUUUUGCACCCCUUUCCAUGGAAACAGUUAUUAUUGUUCUAAAGGCUUCAGUGUCAUACUUUAUGCUAUUGCGCAACGUUAGAGGUGAAACUUCAUAAGAAAUUAAAAAAAAUUGGGCACAUUUCUCUCUGAGAAUAGAAGAACUUUACGUUUUAUAAGGAGAUUUCAUUUUAGGAAAUUAAUGAGAUUCCAGUUUUGCACAUCGACCCACUAACAUACCAAGUACUGUCAACAUAGUGUUAUACCACAACGUGAUUGGUUAUCUUGAAAGGAACACUAUUUUAAUCCACUUCUACAAUACUAUCUGU